AUGGCUGCUUUUCUCGGAAAACAGAAUGAGCCUCAUCCCGAGUACCUCAAGCUCCUCCAGGCUGGCCCUCCGCCUCUGCCUCCCAAGGACAUAUCGCUUCUACGCCUUGGCCAAGCCGGAGGAAUAAAGCAAAGAGAUGCAUCUGCAGGUCCUGUUACCGAGGUGUUCCCUGUGAAGAUUGAUGAUAUCAAGAUCCCCGUACGAGAUGGUACCGAGAUACCAGCCCAAGCCGUUGCGCCCGUCAAGGCCAACGGCCCUCUGCCUCUUGUCGUCAUGUUUCACGGGGGUGGCUUUUGUCUCGGCGAACACACGGAUGACAUUCAACUUCACUCUAAGCUCGCGUCCGAGUUGGGCAUCGUAAUUCUCAGCGUGGGAUAUCGCCUGGCACCCGAGGCUCCCUUUCCAACUGGCGUCAACGAUGCGUGGGAUGCCACGAAAUGGGGCUACCGGAACGCCGCCUCUCUCGGCGCAGACCAUGCCGCCGGUCUCAUCGUGGGAGGCGUCUCUGCGGGUGCGAAUUUGGCUUGUAUAGUGGGCUACGAGAACCGCGACGCAGGCAACCCGGUUCCUAUCACUGGCCUGUUCCUCAGUGUUCCUCCUCUGUGCCCUUCUCACGUUCUUCAGCCAAAAUAUGCCAACGACUACCUCAGUCAAGAACAGAACCGCGGGCUUUCUCCGCCUCCCGACGAACUAGUGGUCGUUUUUAUGGACGCCUUGAAACCGGAUUUUUCGUCACCUCUCUACGUACCCCUGAAUCACCCGGACGGUCUUGGUGGCCUCCCGCCUGUAUACUUCCAAGUGUGUGGCCUAGACCCACUCCGAGAUGAAGCGCUGAUCUUGGAGCGGGAGCUCCGAGAAGACCACAAGAUUUCUACCAAGGUCGACUUCUAUCCGGGAUUGCCUCAUGCCUUUUGGGAGUUUUUCCCAACACUGGAAGAGCCAAUCAAGAAGUGGACAGACGAUACUACUACGGGGUUCAAAUGGCUUUUGCGGUCCGAGUAA